UCCUUUAUAAGAACUGCCGACAGCGAGUUCCACAGACAUUCUGCCGCAGUUUGUUGGACACAUACUUUUUACGAGAGUCAGUUAUGGGCGUGAAGUUCCUUAAGAAGGGUGACCCGCAGCCGCCGCCAGUGGAGGCGGGCAAGCUGCGACUCUACUCCAUGCUGUACUGCCCCUUCGCGCAGCGAGCGCGCCUCGUCCUGGCUGCCAAGGGCGUUCCCUUCGAGAUGGUGGACAUCAACCUGAAGAACAAGCCGGAGUGGUACAGCGCUGUGCAUCCGGAGACAAAAGUGCCCGCCCUGGAGGUGGGUGGCGGCGAGGUGGUCGUCGAGUCUCUCGACGUAUCAGACUAUCUGGACCGAAAGUUUCCAGAACCACCACUGUGGUCUGUUGACCAGGAGAAGAAUCUUCGCCAUAAACAGCUGCUGCAGACGUUUGGGAAGAUGAUCCCAAUUUACAUGAAGCUCUUAGGGCCCAACGCUUCACAGGCAGUGGAAGAUGUCGUGUACUCUAUUGCGGCUGGCAUUCAGCCCUUCGAGAAUGAACUUGCAAAGACAGGAUCCAAGUACUUUGGAGGUGCGAGGCCCGGCAUGCUGGACUACAUGAUCUGGCCGUGGGCGGAGCGCAUGGAAGCGCUGCGCGCGAUGCACCCCGACGUCAAGCUGCCGCUGCAGGACUUCCCCAGACUCAUGGCGUGGGGAGCGGCCAUGAAGCAGGAUCCAGCGGUGAGAGCAUCAAUCAUGAGCGUAGAAGCGCACGCAGCAUUCAUCAUGAAAUACAGGGACGGCAGCCUUGACUACGAUAAACUGUAGCAGGCACAGCGUGCCGUUUGCCAGCAGAUCACUGUUUGCUGCGUCGAAACUGUAUCAUCUUGGAAGAUGGGUUGCAGUUCUUCGACGUUCGACAUUGAACUAAGUUCAAUAAUUUCACAGAUGGACAUUAACACGAAAACUGUUGAAUAUAGUUUCCUUAAUAAAAAUAUGAGAAUAUACACAUGUAAAUUAAAUAAACUUAUAUGGUGUUUUAUUAUUAAAUGUGUCUUUAUCUUUCGAUUA